AUGACUUUCACCGUACUACUGCUCAUUCACCGACUUUCAGGCUUGUCUACGGCCGAGUUCAAAUAUCACUAUGAGAACGUACAUGUGCCUCUGAUACAAUCGCUAGCUGGCUCAAUGUUCCCUCUGUCGCACACCCGGCGAUACACUCAACAUGCCGACGAAGAUCAUGGAGCAAAGGAUGGCGGGAUCGACUGCGUGACGGAGAUGCGGUUUGAUACGGCGUCGGAUUUUAGGAGACUUUCAGAUUUUUUAGGCAGUGCAGGUGUGGCUAUCAAAGUGCAAAAGGACUGUGAGGCCUUCAUGGACCCAUCAAAGACUGAGGUAGUCAUCAUAGGGGACACAGUCAAGACAAUGGGAUAA